GGGUCUCCCCUUCUUUCCGUCGAUUCUGUUGCUUUCCUUAUUCCCUUUGUUGCCCGUGUUCUUUUUUCCCCUCGAUUCCUCGACACUCCGGCGGAAAAGCCCAUUCAGCAUGCUUCUUCGAUCAGUUCUUCUUACUGUCGCCAGUGUCCAGGGGCUGGCCUUUUUGGUGGAGGGCGGCCCAACGACAGCGAGGUCAGGGAGGCCUCUGAUCGUGCCGAGGUCGCAUGAUCUUCACGAACGGCAGCAUGACGGGCAACUCCAGGGCUGGGUGAAGAGGGAUCUGGUCAGGGAUGGGGUGACGUUGCCUGUGAGAAUUGGCUUGAAACAGGGGCGGGAAAAGGAGGAGCGGGCGCACAAGUUGCUAAUGGACAUAUCGAAUCCGAAAUCGCCGAACUACGGGAAGCACUUGACUGCUCGAGAGGUGGUCGACUUCUUUGCGCCGGGAACACAGGCGGUGGGCGAGGUCAAGCAGUGGCUGAAGGCCUCGGGCGUGGAAGAAAGAAGGCUAGGAUUGUCGGGGAACAAGCAGUGGAUUCAGUUCAACGCGCCGGUUCAGGAGGUCGAGAAACUGCUUUUUGCUCGGUUUCAUGUUUAUGAACACCCUGAAUCUGGGGUAACAAACAUUGCCUGUUCAGAAUAUCAUGUUCCUCACAACAUUUCGCAUCACAUUGAUUACAUAACUCCCGGCAUCAAAUUGAUGGCUGGUGGAUAUGAUGAGAAGAUUGUCAAGAGGAUGGUGGGACGGAGAGGGUCGGUCUGGUACGAUAGUUGGUACGAGAAGGGAAGACGCCCGGGUGACCGCAAAGGACGAAAGAAGGGGGGCAAAGAUAAGGAUAAAGACAAAGAUAGAGGCAAGGGAAAGGGACAGGGAGGAUCAGGGGCGACAAGCACCAGCGUGUCUACUCCUACUGCCACCAAACCAGCCGGAAAUAUCCAGCCGGACCAGAAUGAAGAUGAGUUCGAGGUAACAGAGGGCUGUGAUGUGGACAUCACGCCUCAAUGUAUCCGAAACCAGUAUCAAAUCCCAGCUGGAACGAAAGCGACUAAAGGCAACGAGUUGGGUAUCUUUCAAGGUCUUGCUCAGCACUACAAUCAACAAGACAUGGAUACCUAUUGGAAAUAUGUCGCUCCAUGGAUCCCGAAAGGAACUCAUCCCGAACUCAAGUCGAUCAACGGCGCCGAGGGCCCAAUUGAGGAUCCCCAGCUAGCAGGAGAAGAGGCCAAUCUUGAUUUCCAAGUGGCUAUUCCGUUGGUAUGGCCUCAAAAAACUGUUCUGUUCCAAACAGACGACGAAUGGUACCAGCAAGACCAGACUCGUGCUGAUACAAGAUACCCUGGCUUCUUCAAUACCUUCUUUGACGCCAUCGAUGGCUCCUUUUGCACCAUGGCCGCCUUCAAUCAGACAGGAAAUUGUGCUGACGACUCCUGCCGCGAUCCCGAGUACCCGAACCCGAACAACGACAGAUACGGUUACCAAGGCGACUUGAUGUGCGGCACUUACCGCCCAACAAACGUCAUAUCCAUCUCCUAUUCGGGCUUCGAGCACGCCUGGCCAGAGUCCUACACCCGCAGGCAGUGCAUGGAGAUAUUGAAGCUUUCACUGCAGGGGGUCACUGUGGUAGAGUCCUCUGGCGACUAUGGCGUCGGUGGAAGGAGGGGGGACCCUCAGGCUGGCUGUUUAGGCCCGAAUAGAGAGGUGUUCUCUCCAAGAAUCAUGGGAAACUGUCCCUAUGUUUUGAGCGUGGGUGCUACACUGGUCAAGGCCGACCCCAAGAAUAAGGGCAAGUUCAUCGAGACAGCCACAGAGAGAUUUGCUUCUGGAGGGGGAUUUUCAAAUGUCUUCAUGAGGCCGCCAUGGCAGGAGAAGCACGUGGCUGCGUAUUUGAAGCGGGCCAACGUCACAGAGCUGGGAUACAACCUAACGGCUACAGCAGCCUCCACGCAGUGGGGAUGGGAGCCAAGUUUGCUGGGCAGUGUGCUGGGAAAAGAGAGGGGCAAGAGGUUCAACAAAGGCGGCAGAGGUUAUCCUGAUGUUUCGGCCAUUGGAGACAACUACAGGGUUGUUCUCAGAGGAUAUGCUGAUAGCAUGAGUGGUACCUCGGUGGCGGUACCGGUUUGGGCUUCUAUCCUUACUCUAAUCAACGAGGAGAGAUUAGUCCGAGGCAAGCGGCCAGUCGGGUUUAUCCACCAAGUUUUGUAUGAUCAUCCCGAAGUGUUCACUGACAUCACUUCUGGAUCAAACCCAGGAUGUGGGAGCAACGGCUUCCCGGUGAAAGAGGGUUGGGAUCCAGUCACUGGACUUGGUACGCCCAUCUAUCCCAAAUUAUUGAAGCUGUUCCUGAGCCUGCCAUAAUUUCGCCACAUACAAUGGCGUCGAUGGGUUUCAAUAAUGGAAUUGUGGGAGGGGGCGUUAUGGGUUUGAUUGAGCAAGAAAGCAUAAAAAUAGCGAGGCAGUCUCCAAAAAAAUAAAAAUGCACGUGUAUCAA